CAAAUUUUCACAUUUGAAAAUCGCCCAAAAUUUCGCCUUCUCUCAAACAACCUCCAUCUUCUUCCCUCUCGUUUUUCAACUGCGCGUCUCAGAGAGCGCCUCCCACCAAUCCACCGCCAUUCUUUUUUGUUUCUUGUAUUUUGGUCAAACCAAAUAAACUCCAUUGAAGCCCACUGGAAUCUCACGUUCCAUAAUGUCGGAAUCAAGGGAUAGAUUGGAGAGGCAAGUGGACUAUGCCGAGGUCUUUGCUCGUCGGAGAUCAGAAGGCGGUAUAUUGGACGAGCAAGAAAUGAGUACUACUUUGAUCGGGACUCCCAUCGCGCGCGCCACAACGACGACUACAGCUCAACAAAGACCUACGAAUCUCGGGCCUGGAGGUGGUGGUGGUGGUGGCGGUGCGAUUCCGAGACGCAGUUUUGGUUCUCCCAUUUCUGGUGGAAUUGGGCGUAAUAGAUUUCUUUACAGAUCUCCAGUUUUGAGCCGCGAGAAUACGGCGGCUGGGAGUUCCAGACGGAGUAGAUCCCGUGUGAGGCAUAGUGUUUUGCCGAUUUGGUAUCCAAGAACUCCACUCCGCGACAUUACUGCAGUUGUGAGGGCAAUUGAAAGAACACGAGCUCGGUUGAGAGAAAACGAAGGCCAAGGAAGUGAUAAUAGUCCAGCUCCCUCGGACGAAAGAGCUUUAGAGUUUAGCGCAUCUGUGUCAGGUGGUCAUCAAGAGCCAGACGUUUCUCUGGUCACCCCUAAACCAACCGUAGGCAAAGUGACAAAGAUUCUUCGUGGAAUUGCAAAUGAGAAUGUGGAAGAAUCAGAGAUGCUCACCCCACAGAAGAAACUCUUGAACUCCAUUGACAAAGUGGAGAAAGUAGUGAGGGAGGAGUUGCAGAAAUUGAGAAAGACACCGAGUGCAAAGAGAGCCGAGAGGGAAAAAAGAGUUCGCACUUUGAUGUCAUUUCGUUGAUUCAGUUCAACAGUCGGUCACUCCCAGAAUUGGGGAGAACCAGAUCAUCAUCAUGUUGAUCAGAUUCAUUCAGAACUCAGAUAUAUCAUCUGCUGAUGAUUACUCGGUAAAGAGCGCUGGAUGAUAUGAUACCAGAGGGUUAAGGGAGAAGGAGAGAUCCUCAUCUUCUGAUGAGAUCUCAAGAGGACUAUUAUCUUACUUUCCUGUUAAAUGAAUCCUUUUCAUUUGCUAGAACCAUAAUAGGUUGUUUUGUUGUUGUAGGGUCGUCUGCCCUUAAUUCUGUUUACUGCAAAUAUAGAUAGUGGAAGUAGGCCAUCUGUUUUGGGCGGUGGAAAUGAUGUAUAGAAGAAUUAUUAACCAACUCUAGACUUGAAUUUUUGCCUUUCAAAAAUGCACAUUUUUUAU